AUGGCUGCAUCACCCGCCGGUCGUAUGCUGGCCCGUCAGCUGCAACAGAUGCAAUCCGAUAAGGACAUUCCCGGAAUCAGCUGUGGCCUAUUCGAUAACAAUGUUUUCGAAUGGGAGGUCAUGCUGAUGAUUUCUGACGAUGUGAAGAUGUACGGAGGUGGUUUUUUCCGUGCCCGUCUCUCGUUCCCUAUGGAAUACCCCCACAUGCCACCGAAAAUGAAGUUUGAAUCGUCUAUUUUUCACCCAAACAUCUACCCGAACGGUGAUGUCUGCAUCUCGAUAUUGCACCCCCCUGAAGAGGAUAAAUGGGGCUACGAAUCUGCAGCCGAGCGCUGGUCCCCUCCUAACGACGAAAGCCCCGCCAACGUCGAGGCUGCGCGCCUGUGGCGCGAGGACCCUGCCGAGUUUAAAAAGCGCGUGCGUCGGUGCGUGCGGGAGAGCUUGGGAGAUGAAUAA